GGUUUCGCACGGGUAUUUCUCACAUAAAGCGCCAAAAACGAGCCCAAACGGCCAGCUAAAAGCUAAGAGCGGCCAAGCAAGAGACGCCGGUUCGUUCAACGCUGUCACUGUCCGAAGCAGCGAAGAAACGGCAGCCUAGACGGCGCGUGAGCUCAAAAUCAGCCAAAGACCAAAUUCUAAAAAUACAAGCCGCAGCGGUUGCGCCGAGGCGAAACCAUGCGCCUCCUCCUCGUCCUGAGCCUAGCGCAAGCGCUCCGCGCGCCCUUAGACCGACGGCGAACAUUAACGACGCGCAAGUACGGCCAGCAGCAGGACGCCGACGACAAAUUGCCGGAGAUGCGAGCCCCGGAGGAGGGCAAACAAGUCCGCAUGUUCGGCGCGAAGUUAGAUGCGGGCUUUGCCGGUACGAGAGCAAGUAACCCGAAAGUCAUCCGGGCGGUGCUCAAGGCCUACGAGGACAAGCGCGACACCGAAGGGAGCUACGCGUCGAACGACGAGCAGGCCGAGAUCUUCUACGCUUCCGCUGUUGAAAAAAUGAACAAGGGGUUCUACGACGACGCCGUGAAGAGGCUGAACCGAGCUUCUUAUUUCGCGGGCGUCGCGAGUCGUCGAGGCGGCCAGAUGCAGUUGUGGCUCGGGCAGGCUCUGUACGCUGCGGGGCGGCGGGGCGACGCCCUCAAACUACUGUUGGCAUUGAAAGCUCAUCCGGAUAGAGAUGUGGCCAAGGUCUCGAAAGAGCUAGUGUUCAUUUUAAAAGCGCCCGAACUCCAAUUGGACGAGUCGUCGCGCGUCGGCUUCGACAUGGACAAUUUUGAUGCUGAAGCCAAAUUCGAAAGGGCUCCGGACGGGACGAUAAAAAUCAUGAAAAGGCCAGAGUUCGAAAAGCCUCCAGAGUACGGGUCCGUCGAGUGGGUGCUCCAGCAGCCGCGCGGCGAGCCGCUUCCUACGAAUGAGGUGGAUCCUGUCGCCGUGGGUGGGGUCCUGGCUUUGUGCGUCGGGGCGCUGGCUCUGUGCCGCUAGCCGUGCCUGCUCGACGGCGUGGAGGCGGUACGGCCGCUUCUACGUGUCUGCUCCGCAACGUGUCGGAUCGAAUUCAGCUGCUGGCCGCGCCGAUGGCGUACCGUGUCUACUAAUAUAAUUUCUGUAAA